AUGUCUAGGGCAGAGCGUCCUGAAUUCGAAGCCACCCUGGUGACCCUUGCUGAAACUCUUGCGACACACUUCCUCGACUCGGGAGUCCCGCUUGAUGCAGUUAAAUCGUAUAAGAAAUGUCUCCUCCUCAACAUCCAAGGUGGAAAACUCUACCGAUGCUCCACAGUCCUCGACACAGCAAAGAUAUUAAAAAAUGACCAUCUGAGAGAAAAACAGACACAGGAUCUCAUUAUUCUUGGCUGGUCAAUCGAGAUCCUCAAUGCCGCAUUCCUAAUGUGGGACGAUAUUAUGGACGACUCGAUUACGCGCCGCGGAAAGCCAUGCUGGUAUCGCCACGAGGAGAUUGGAAUGAUGGCCGUCAAUGACGGGUGUCUUCUCAACUCUACAAUCUACAUCAUUCUCAAAAUAUACUUCAAAGAGCACCCCUUAUACCACGAUCUAGUCGAGUUGUUUCAAGAGACCGCAUUGCAGGUUGAACUAGGUCAAUCAUAUGACCUGUUGACAGCCUCUCGACAUUACGGGGGACUAUCCCAGUUUACUCAAGAGAAAUAUGAGUUCAUCACUGAGCGAAAAACUACGUCCUACACCUUUUAUGCACCGCUGGUGCUUCCUCUAAUUUAUCUUCAGCUUGCAACGCCAAAGAAUCUAAAGGAAGUGUGGAGAAUAGCGCUCCAUCUUGGGCAAUACUACCAGGCACACAACGAUUAUACAGAUGUGUUUGCAGAUCCCAGUAUCACAGGGAAAAUGGGAAAUGAUAUCCAGGAGAACAAAUUGACUUGGCUUAUUUUAGAAGCUCUUCAGAGGUGCAAUCAAAGUCAGAGAAGUAUUCUCGAGACCUUCUACGGUAGCCAGAACAGCGAUGAGGUUCUGAAAGUCCAGGGAGUGUUCAGAGAGCUUGAUUUAGAUAAACUAUUUCAAGAAUGGAGUUUUGAGCGGAUUGUUGCUACCAGGAAUUUGAUUCAGGAGGUGGAUGAGUCUGAGGGACUGAACAGGGAAAUUUUCAAUGUGUUUUUGUCCAAAUUGGUUGGAGAGCCCACGAGUAGGUAA